GCAGAAGUGAGAUUUCUCAAUAAUGUUGAUGACAAUUGACAACUAAUCAAGACCCUCGCUGGCAGAUUGGCACACAAAGUUCAACUGUUUUUCCAUUUUCAGAUUCUAAGAUCCUCUCCAAAGACAAUUUGCGCAUUAGCGUACCAUUCGAUUCCUACGAGGUUGGCAAUGGCCUUCACUUCACUCACAUCCAAAUCAAGAACUCUGCACUCUCUCUUCCACGCUCUGCGCAACCGGCCCUUCUGUGUCCUCGCUCCGUCGCCCCGCACUCCGCAUUUCGCAUCCGACCCACCAUUGCCCGAGCUCGUCAACGACGUCUCCCGCGUCCUCAGCGACAACCGCAACCCUCACCACGAUUUGGAACGCUCCCUGACCGCCUUCUCCGCGCAGAUAUCCGCGAACUUGGUCGAGCAAGUCCUCAAGCGCUGCAAAAAUCUCGGCUUUUCUGCUCACAGGUUCUUUCUCUGGGCCAAGAAACUCCCGGGCUUCGAACACAGCCCCGAGAGCUACAGGAUCCUGGUCGAUGUGCUCGGGAGCAGCAAGCAGUUCGCUUUGCUGUGGGAUUUUCUGAGGGAGAUGAAAGACUCGGGGAGUUUGGAGCUGAACCCAGAAAUCUUUUUUAUUGUUUUCAGAGGUUAUAGUAGAGCCAACUUGCCCGGUGAUGCUAUAAGGGCCUUCGGUAGAAUGAGUGAGUUUGGUAUUGAGCCGAGUACUGCUGAUUUCGACCAACUUUUGUUUGUUCUAUGUAAGAGGAAGCAUUUGAAGCAUGCUCAGCAGUUCUUCGACAAAGCUAAGGUUGAGUUUGAACCGAGUGUGAAGAGUUACAGCAUUCUGAUCAGAGGGUGGGGCGAUAUAGGCGAAGUGAAUGAAGCACGUAGACUGUUCGAUGAAAUGCUGCAGAGGGGUUGUUCGUUGGAUGUUCAGGCAUGGAACAGCUUACUGGAGGCUUUGUGCAAAGGAGGCAAUGUGGAUGAAGCAUAUACUAUUUUCAGGGAGAUGGGUCCAAAAGGGUUUGAACCAGAUGCUUCUACGUACUCGAUAUUCAUCCGUGCAUACUGCGAAGCGAACGACUUGCAUUCGGUUUUCAGGGUGCUCGACAGAAUGAGGAGAUAUAACCUCGUGUCUAAUGUGUAUACUUACAAUUGCAUAAUACAUAAACUAUGCAAGAAUGAGAAGGUUGAAGAGGCUUACCAAUUGCUAGAUGAGAUGAUCGAAGGAGGGGUCAAUCCAGAUGCAUGGAGUUACAAUGCUAUCCAAGCUUACCACUGCGAUCACAAUGAAGUCAAUAUGGCUCUCAGACUGUUAUCUAGAAUGAAGCGAGAGAAUUGUGUGCCGGACCGGCACAGUUACAACAUGGUACUCAAAAUGCUGAUCAGAGUGGGGCGAUUUGAUAGGGCAGAAGAUGUUUGGCACAGUAUGGGAAAGGUAGGAUUUUAUCCUUCGGUCUCGACUUACUCCGUUAUGGUCCAUGGUCUGUGCAAGAAGAAGGGCAAAUUGGAGGAGGCUUGUAGAUAUUUUGAGAUGAUGAUUGAUGAAGGAAUACCUCCAUAUUCUUCUACAGUGGAGAUGUUGAGAAAUCGACUUCUAGGUUUGGGCCUCUUGGAGCAUAUUGAUGUUCUAGCUGGGAAGAUGGAUCGUAGCACUUGUUGCUCAGUGAAAGAGUUCGCAAGCAUGAUGAGAGGUAACAAGGUGGGUGAAAGAUGGAGAAGAGAAGAAACUGAGCCCGAAAGUGAGUGAAUUUGAGAUACAAUUAGAGCUGUGACAGCCUCACAGGUUCUUGGAGAGCAUCUUAUUCCAUGUACCAGAACUCGUGGUCGUCACGACCCACAUAAUUAUGCCAUGUCGACAGCACAAGCUGAGAAAGUUAGAGAGUUACCAUAAAAGGAUGUGUCUACUUGACAGCAGAUUUUUAAAGGCACCUCCCCAAGUUGGCAGGUUAAUUGAAACUGGAAGAGUUUCUGUUAACAAAAACAUUGAUUGUUUUAUUUUCGACUUGCAAGUAGAUUGGAAAUAAGGAGCUUGCAACUAAUGGAAGAGGAGUCACUAAUUCUCAUUUUCUCAAUCACCUUUAUGGAGUGUGAUUGACAUGCUUUGAUGUUGAACGAAAACCUUUGUCUUCCAAAAACUAAAUGAAGAAAUUCUCAUGCUCCCACCAAGAAGGGGAAAAAAAACCCAGUAUACGAAAUCUUUAUCUCCUCUCAUAGCUGUGCAUUACAGUAUAUACAGUUGUAUCAAAGAAAUUGGUCUUUUGAUUGAUGAGGCUUGCCUUCAUCAGGAAUCAACUUAACAUUCCCACAUAAAGCUUGCUUUACAGCUGAACAGCUGCUCUGAAUAUGUAAUCGGCAAAUAGUCCCGCCUCAAAACCUAUUGAGUCAUUGAGCAAAGCAACCCGACCUGGCUAGCACUCCAUUUAAACCGCUUGCCUGGUCAUAAUGCUUAUAUUUAUCAAAGACAAGCUGUUUCCUGCAGCUAUCAACAUUUGUUAUGCUCCAGGAUCAAUGGAAGAAUCAUUUGCAGUAAGCAGCAUCAAAGUUUCUGCAAAAAAACCCUAAUUUGAUGUUAAUCUUAUGACAAAAGCAGCUGCUAUUAUAUUCAUUCACCAAAAGAUUGCAAUAAGAGAAGCAUCUACCAUCAUCGAAUCCAACUUAUUGACAAGAGUGAAGCAGCUCCCCCAAAACUGCAGAGGAACCAUCAGAUGACGGUUCAAAACCAGAUGGGACUUGACUUCACCUGAAAGGCGUUUUAAGUUUACAGUCCUCACUCUGGAGAAGGCAACACUGAGACAGCAACGUCAAUGCAUAUCUAUGGAAUUGCCCCCAGGCCACAAAACUUUCUGUCCUAGAAACACACUGAAGAAUAAGGUCCUCUUAUGUUACUCCCACCUCGUGCACAUUUAGAUCACAAGACCCAUGGUUCGCCUCCAGAGUUUGUAAAACAUAAGAAGCCUCUGAACUCCUUCCCUCAUACAAGUAAUUGUCCAACAUCGAUGAGUAUUUUGAAGCUACCUUCAGAACCUCUUUGCUCAAAUUGCAUGGAAUUAGACCCUUCCAGGCCUGUGAUUGACCUUCUAAGAAAAUCCCGUGAAGCAGAGAAGCCAAUAAGACAGGAUCAGGAAGUGAUCCCUUCUUUGUCACCUUAUCGUACAACAUUAGAGCAUCUUUAACCAUUUUGUGCUGGCAAAGACAAAUAAGUAUAACACUGUAAGCAGCAGCUUGUGGUGCCCAUUGGUCCAAUGUCAUAUCUCUAAAAAGUUUAAGGGAAAUACAUUUCUUCCCUUGAUAUA